UGGCAGUAAAACCUAGGAGGCGCGGACUAACACUAAGAUGAUGACAAGACUGGCUUUCCUAGUUGUACUGUUGACGUUCGGCAAUUUCUCCUCAGCCUUUCUUAUGUUCAGAACUAAUUCCGGAUUCGGAAGAUACAAUGGUGGACUGAGUAACUGGUUCAUGAGAGGUUUUGGGGGUGGACUCGGUGGGUCAGAAGCAGGCGACGCCGGUGACAUUCUAGAGCAGCAGCAAGCCAACCAGAAAAAGCAACUCCUGUACCGGAACACCUUCCGGGGGUCAUGGGGCGGAAGUGGAGGGUACUUUAAUCCGUUCAUGGGUGCCUAUGGUUUUUCUCUCUUUGAUGCCUGAUGACCACAGAAUCAUUCACCUAGAUGUCACUGAACUUAACAUCACAGGACAGUGUGUGGUCUACUUAACCACAGGGAAUUUCAAUUUAAAGCAUUUUAUGCAUUCUGACUAUCAGUGGUCCAGAAAACAGUUCUGAGUGUUAUCGCCAUUACUGCCACAGCCUUUGUAUGAAUAAGUGUAGUGAAAAAAGAAAAAUGUCAUUUUGUUUUAUAUUUUUCAUUUGA